AUGGCCCUCCCUCCGAAAUGGUAUCAGUUCCUCGUGAGCGUCUUCGCCUCACUAGGGUCCUACCUCUACGGUUAUGACCUGGGAGUCAUCGCCGAAGUCGUGGCCAGCAACACAUUUGUGUCCGCGUUCAAGCCCGACGCCACGUCCUCCGGGCUCGUCGUGUCCAUGUUCACGACCGGCGCUUUCUUCGGUUCCGGAUUUGGCGGUCCCAGCGGUGAUUACUUGGGCCGUCGAUGGACAAUCACCCUGGGAGCCGUCAUCUUCAUCCUCGGCGGCAGCCUCCAGACCGGGGCACAAAGCAUCCAUUUUCUCUAUGCCGGUCGAUUCCUGGCCGGUUUGGGUGUCGGCUUCCUCGUCAUGGUCAUCCCGUUGUAUCAAGCCGAGUUGGCCCAUCCUAGCAUUCGAGGCCGCGUCACAGCCUUGCAGCAAUUCAUGCUCGGCGUGGGCUCCGUAGUGGCUGCCUGGAUCUCAUGGGGCACCUUUGUCGAUAUCAAAAACAACAGCGGGCAAUGGAGAAUCCCGCUGGGUCUGCAGCUUCUUCCUGCAAUCUUUUUAGCGGGACUGAUCUUUUUGUUCCCGGAAUCUCCUAGAUGGCUCAUGGACCAUGGCAAACGCGAGAAAGCCCUGAAAACACUCGCGCAACUGCACUCGCACGGCGAUGAACAGGACCCGUGGGUCGUCGCGGAGUACGAACAGAUCCAAAGCUCGAUCGACCUUGAACAUGAACACGAAGCCAAAUCCUACCUCGAGCUCUUCACCAACCGGUCGGCAUUCCGAAGACUUUUUCUCUGCUGUGCGCUUCAAGCCUCGGUGCAGAUGACCGGUGUCUCGGCCAUUCAAUACUACUCGGUGACGAUCUAUGGACAGAUUGGCAUCACCGGCGCCGACACCCUCAAAUACCAAGGCAUCAACAGCAUCAUCGCCCUCGUCGCCCAAUUCUGCACCGUCCUCUUCAUCGACCGCACGGGUCGUCGAUGGCCCCUGAUCGGCGGCAACAUCGGCAACAUGGUGAUGUUCAUCGUCGCCACCGUUCUACUGGCCAAGUUCCCUCCCGGCGUCUCAACAAACGUCGGAGCUCAGUGGGGUUUCAUUGUCGUGACUUGGCUGUACAACUUCAGCUUCAGCUGUACCUGUGGCCCUCUGAGCUGGAUCAUUCCGUCCGAAGUCUUCGACACUCGCACGCGCAGCAAGGGUGUGAGUAUAGUGACCAUGACCAGCUUUGCGUUUAAUACCAUGAUUGGCCAAGUCACUCCCAUCGCGAUGAAAAACAUCGGCUAUAAGUUUUACAUCCUCUUCAUCGUCUGCAACUUCACCAACGCUAUCUUCUUCUGGUUGUUUCUGCCUGAGACCGCUCGCCGGCCGCUCGAGGAGAUGAAUUACCUGUUCACCCAUGCGCCGUGGAUCGUCGUGGGUAAGAGCAAGGAAAGCUAUAUCAGUCAUGAUUUGGAGAAUCGGGUGCAUGACCUCGAGACGGAGAAGAGGUCGGAGAGCGUGAUGCAUGAAGAAAAGAUUACGCAUUAA